UUCCUGCUCAAGUGAAAUUUCUUCCAUUACUGUCAGCCCUUCGGGGUCAGCACACAGCAGCAGUCUUUUUAGUUCCUUCUGGAAACUUUCCACUUUUAGACACCCAAAAGUGUGGCCAGCAGUCACCAAGACAGGUUCUCUCCUGCUGUCUGGUUAAUGAAACUGUUAGGCCAGCAGCUUCCUCCUGGUUGCCACGGAGAUGACCAGGGCCGCUGGCCCUCUGCAAACGGAAAAGAACAGCAAGUGCAGGACCACGCAUUCCAUCCUGCCUCGCAGAUUAAACCAGCUGUCAAGCCAGAGUGAAGAAUCAGGCAGAGGUCUGUCGGGUGGAGAAGCGAGCCUUGCGUUGGAACUCCGAGAUGUGAGUUCCAAUGACCUGGCUCACAAAGGGCAAACAUGAGCACCGCGGCCCAGGCUGAGACAAGGAUGGCUCCGCCCUCUGGGCACAGCCCCUUUCUAAUCAGUGCACUGGGCAUCUUUGUACUCGGCUGCUUCACGAGAGGUCAGAAGAACAGCACGCUCAUUUUCACAAAGGAGAACACCAUUCGGAACUGCAGCUGCUCUGCAGACAUCCGGGACUGUGAUUACAGUUUGGCCAACCUGAUGUGCAGCUGUAAAACCGUCCUGCCUUUUGCAGUAGAGCGAACCAGCUACAAUGGCCGUCUGACCAUCUGGUUCACAGACACAUCAGCACUGGGCCUCCUGUUGAACUUCACGCAGGUCCGGGACCUGAAGCUGUCUCUGUGCAGUACAAACACUCUCCCUACUGAAUACCUGGCUAUUUGCGGGCUGAAGAGGCUUCGCGUCAGCACCGAGGCCAAGCGUCCCUCCCCAGAGCAGAGCUUACUCAUCCACGAUGGUGGGGAGAGCGCACCCAGAGAGAAGCCCAUGUUGUUACACAAAGGCUGGCAAGCAUGUAUGUAUAUCUCCUUCUUAGAUAUGGCCCUUUUCAACAGGGAAUCAUCCUUAAAAUCAUAUAGUAUUGAAAAUGUUGCCAGCAUUGCCAAUAACUUCCCUCAUUUUUCUUACUUUAAAACUUUCCCAUUUCUAAGCAACAGAAGCUACGUUGUCACAGUCAUUUACUAACAUUGUAACUGUGUCCAACCACCACGAAUUUUGCCAAACUGUGGAUAAUUUGAACAAGGAAUCUGGGAAUAAGGCCAUGGGUAUCCCUAUCCACAACUUUGCCUCCCCCGAGCCCCCAUUCGCAAAUUCACAUAUUCCUAGAGCCACGCACACACACAUAACCAGCCCUCUCUGCUCUAUUCUGCACCCAACCACAGGAGCUGUUUUGAAAAACAAAAUAAAAAGAAAC